AUGGCGAACACUGCCUGUUUUAUAAUCGUGGGUCGGAAUGAUAUUCCCAUCUAUGAAGCUGAAGUUGGAUCUGCAGCCAAAAGAGAAGAUGCUGCUCAGUUGCACCAGUUUAUAUUACAUGCAGCUUUAGAUGUUGUCCAAGACCUAGCAUGGACUACAAGUGCCAUGUUCUUGAAGUCUGUCGACAGGUUUAACGACCUGGUUGUGUCGGUUGUCCAAGUUUUAAAUGUUUGUUUCUUCCUUAAUUUAUCAACACAUACUCGACUCAUGCUCCUUCAUGAUUCACGGAAUGAAGACGGCAUCAAGAGCUUCUUUCAGGAGGUGCACGAGCUUUACAUAAAGAUUCUUCUGAACCCCUUGUACCUGCCCGGUUCUCGGAUUACAUCGUCGCAUUUCGACACCAAAGUUCGUGCACUUGCAAGAAAGUAUCUGUAG